CGUUUUCAUUUGCUUUCUCUCACAGAUCAUGUGAUCACUCUUCAGCCAGUAAUUAUUCAUGAGCUCGGCACCCAUCGCAGGGCCUCCGGCUCUGAGCUGAGGCCCCGCUCCAGCUGCGCGCAGGGGCCUAUCGGUCGCCACGGGUCAGACGGGCGACACCUUACACCGCAGACGGCGAGGAAACACUCACCCUCACCCUGCCACACUCCGGAUGAAUAAAAGAUGCCCACAAAAGAGAAAAAAAGAGCAGAAACUGAAGAACAGAAUGACGAAGGAGAGAAGAAGGAGCCAAAGGUGAAAGGAAAGAGUAAGAGGGAUACAGACGAGAAGAAAACGAGACAGAAGGAGUCGGGGAACGCCGAGGUGCUCGCGAAAAAUACUGGAGAGGACAAAAAGAAAAAGAAAAGCAAAGAGAACCACGAUGGCGAGGUGACGGAAAAUGACAACGGGACGGACGAACAAAACAACAAUGAACCCAUCAAGAAAGAAAAACGGACCAAAGAGAAGUCCUCGCACGAGGAACGGGACGGAGGAGAGGUAAAGAAAGAGAAGAAAAAGAAGAGUAAACCGUCUGAAAACAAAGAAGGAGAGGACGACAUGGGGUCAAAGGAGAAAAAGAGCAAAGAUGGCAAGAAGAAGAAAAAGACGUCGGAGGAAGAUGAGGAUGAGGAGGCUGUGCAGGAGGAGGCUGAGGAAGAGGAGGAUAAGAAGAAGAAGAAGAAGGAGAAGAAGAAAAAGAAAGGCUCGGACAGCGAUGAGGAGAAGAAGGCGAAAAAGGCAAAGAAGUCAAAGGUAAAACAGGUGGAUUAUGCCGAGCUCUAUCAGCAGGAGUUACUGAACUAUCAUACAGAAGAAUCUGAUGACCAGGAAGAUGAAUUCUACAAAAAGAAAGUGUACGAGGUGGUGACCGUCACGGGUGACGUUAAAGGGGCGGGGACUGACGCCAACGUGUUCCUCACCAUGUAUGGAGAGUUUGGCGUGUCUCCCAAAGUUCAUCUGGCCAGCAAGAGCAGAACCGCUUUUGAAAAGAACAAGACUGACGUCUUUCGGAUCAAAACACACAAUGUUGGGCCAAUAAAGAAGAUCAGAAUUGAGCAUGAUAACACGGGCAUGAGCGCCAGCUGGUUCCUGGACCGGGUCAUUGUGACUGACAUGAACAGGCCACACCUCCGCUUCUUUUAUGCCUGCAAUAAUUGGCUGAGCAGAGAAGAGGGGGAUGGACUUACCGUUCGAUAUCUGCUGGGCAGCCUUAACCCCAUGGACAUUCCCAAACAGAACAAAUACAUCGCCAGCGUCUUCACUAUGGAUGCUAAAGGCAGUGGAACGGACGCUGAUGUCUAUUUAACUAUUUUUGGAGAAUUUGGUGACACAGGAGAACGUAAGCUGGUCAGCGAGGGGAAGGACAAUUUCGAGCGAGGCAACGAGGAUAAAUUCACCAUAGAGGCCCCGAAUCUUGGCAGACUCCGAAAGAUCACUAUCGGACACAACAACAAGGGGUCUUCUGCCGGAUGGGCCUGUGACAAAGUUGUGAUUGAUGACAUGGGGAAUAAAGAAGUGUACGAGUUUCCUGUCGAUGCCUGGUUUGAUAUCUCAGAAGGGGAUGGAAAAAUACAGAGAGACGUGCUUGUCGGAGCCACACAACCCAUGGCGAUUGUGUAUAACGUGCAGGUGAUGACGGGUGAUAUCCGCGGAGCAGGUACCAACUCAAAGAUUCAUCUGGUGAUGCACGGCCACAAGGGCAUUAAGAACAGCGGUAAGAUAUUCCUGGAGGGCGGCACGUUCGAGCGCGCUCAGAUCGACAUCUUUAACGUGGAGCUCCUGGAAUUGCUCAGCCCGCUCAGCAGAGUCACCAUCGGACACGACAACGCCGGGAUUAGCUGCGGCUGGUACUGUGAAAAGGUGACGGUGUACUGCCCGUUCACAGGUCUCGAGCAGGUGUUUCCCUGCGGCAGGUGGCUGGAUGAAGACGAGGGAGAUGGACUGGUGGAGCGAGAGCUUUAUGAGAUGGUCUCGCUGAGGCAGAGAAGACUGAAAAAAUUCCCCUGGUCUUUGUGGAUCUGGACAUCUGAGAUCAAAGGCGCGGGCACAGACGCGCAGGUGUUCCUGCAGGUGUACGGAGAGAAGGGCAAGAGCGAUGAGAUGAAACUCGAGAGCAAAUCGGACAGUUUUGAACAGGGACAGUGCGACAAGUUCAUCAUCGAGAUGCCUGAUAUUGGGAAGAUUCGCAAGCUGAGAAUCUGGCACGAGAAGAGGCAUCCGUUCUCUGGCUGGCAUCUUGGCAGGGUGACAGUGAUGAAGACCUUCACGAGAGAAAAAUACUCAUUUGCGUGUAACCGUUGGCUGGACAUCAAUGAAGAUGAUAAUGAGAUCAUCAGAGAACUACCGGCAACUGGAGCUCUUGUGCCAGAACCUUUACCACUUAUGAAGUAUCGUGUGACCAUUUGUACGGGGAACAUCAGUGGCAGUGGAACGGAUGCCAGUGUUUAUUUGAACAUCAUUAGUGAUUCGGGUGAUACAGGAGAACGUCUGAUGUUCAUGAGUAAAAACAACGUCAACAAGUUUGAGAAGGGAAACGCUGAUGAGUUCAUCGUAGAGGCGGUUUCACUAGGACAGAUCAGGAGGGUUCGGAUUGGCCACGACGGCCGUGGCGGAGGCUGUGGUUGGUUCUUGGAUAAAUUGAUGAUCAGAGAGGAGGGGCAACCUGAGAACACAUCCAUCGAAUUUCCAUGUUACAGAUGGUUGGAUCGUAAUGAGGACGACGGGCAGAUCGUGAGAGAGUUAGUUCCCACAGACGACGGUCAGCGUUUGUUCACUGUUAGUUAUCACAUUGCUAUAAAGACGGGCAAUAUAAACGGCGCCAGCUCGGAUUCUAAGGUGUUUGUGAAGCUGUACGGAGAGAAGGGCGACACCAACAAGAUGCUUCUGGUCGUCUCCGAUAACGACCUGGGAAACUAUUUCGAGACCGGACAAACAGACAUCUUCACCAUAGAAACAUUUGACAUCGGCAAGAUAAACAGGCUGCUGAUUGGUCACACGAACGAAGGCCUGCGAGCCGGUUGGUUCCUGGACAGCCUUCAAAUCUGGGUCCCGGUACACAGGGUUCAGUACAUGUUCCCCAGUCAUCGCUGGCUCUGUAAGGACGAGGCUGAUGGGAAGGUGGAGGUGGAAAUCUAUCCCAGCGAGACACUAGAGAUUGAGAAAUUGAUCAAUUACGAGGUUACCGUGGUGACGGGGGACGUCUGGGCCGCGGGGACAAACGCCAAUGUCUUCCUGCAGAUAUACGGCGAAGAGGGUAAAACCGAAUUAAUUCAGCUUAAAAGCCGAUCCAACAACUUUGAGAGAGGAACCACUGAGAUCUUCAAGAUCGAGGGUCUAGAUGUAGGACGUGUCUAUAAGAUCCGGAUCGGUCACGACGGGUCUGGAGUCGGACCAGGAUGGUUCCUGGAGAAAGUGGAUGUGAAGCGGUUGGUCAUGGCAAUGGUGAAACCGGAGAAGAAGGAGGACGACAAGAAAGACAAGAAGAAGAAAAAAAAGAAAAAGGAGGAGGAGGAGUCUCCGGGUGAACUGCGGGAGGUCGUUCAAUCUUACAGCUUCCCGUGUGGCCGAUGGCUCGCUCGUGGUGAGGAGGAUGGAGAGAUACUCGCGGAGCUGCGUGCCGAGGACUAUGAAGAUUUGGAAGAUAACACGUAUGAGGUCCAUGUGUUCACCGGCACUAUGCUCGGGGCCGGAACAGAUGCGGGGGUUUACAUGAACAUGUAUGGAGAAAUGGGCGACACGGGUGAACGAAAACUACGCAAGUCAAACCACCUGAACAAGUUCGAGCGCGGACAGGAGGACGUGUUCACAAUCACUGGGAUGGAUCUGGGACUGUUGAAGAAACUGAGGAUUCGUCAUGACAACAAGCAAGCGAACGCUGCCUGGUACCUCGACCGCGUCGAGAUCUUUGAUACCAAAGAGGAAACCAUGUAUUUUUUCCCCUGUCAGCGCUGGCUGGCUGUGGAUGAAGAUGACGGACAGCUGGGCCGUGAGUUAGUGCCUGUAGACGAGGCCUUCAUGAAGAGAGAUGAGGACGAUGAAGACGAGUCGUCGCCCGCUCAGCUCGGACUAGAGCAAAAAGCCAUGUCAACCACGUUUACACUGAGAGUGAAAACAGGAGAGAAGCAGUACGCUGGAACGGAUGCAAAUGUUUUCGCUGUUUUUUACGGGACCAAAGAUGAUACAGGCAUCAUCAAUCUAAAGGCGUCAAAGAAGCGCAAGAAUAAAUUUGAGGUGGGAGUGAUCGAUGAGUUCACGAUAGAGGCAGUGGACAUCGGCAAACUCAAGAGAAUCCGGAUUGGACACGACAAUUCAGGUGGUUCUCCGGGUUGGUUUCUGGACUGGGUGGAGAUCGACGCUCCGUCUCUCGGGCAGCUCUUGCGCUUUCCCUGCGGCCGUUGGUUGGAUAAAGGAGAGGACGAUGGUGCCAUUGUCAGAGACCUGUCCCCUAAUGAACUACAGACACAACUAUACACACCCUUUGUUCCCUAUGAGAUCAAAUUCUUCACCAGCGAUAUAUUUGCCGCGGGCACAGACGCAGACGUCUUCAUCGUGCUGUACGGUCAGAACGGUGUGUGUACAUCUCAGAAGUCUCUCUGUGUCACUAAGAGAGAGAGGGGAAUGUACUUUGAGCGAGGAGCGGAGGACAUGUUCAUUGUAGAGUUGGAGGAUAUUGGUGAUAUCAUUGAGAAAAUCCGUAUCGGUCAUGAUAAUCGUGGAGUGAAUCCUGGAUGGCAUUUGGACCGGGUGGAAAUUCGCAGGCUGCUCCGGAAAGGAAAGGGUUCUGAGACGGUGAUUUUCCCUUGUGAGGGCUGGCUGGCUCGAUCGGAGGAGGACGGUGAGACGAUUCGAGAGCUGGUGCCUUCUGACAUCAUCGUCGAGAAACUAUCACGAGACGGGACACUGAAAGUCAUCGAGACAGAGGUGGACGAUGCACUGGAGAUUCACACGUAUACAGUGGCAAUAACCACAGGGGACGUGUGUGGAGCGGGAACUGAUGCCAAUGUUUUCAUCACCGUGUAUGGAGACAUGGGCGACACCGGAGAACGCAAACUCAGCAAAUCAGAGAACAGCAACAAGUUCGAGAGAGGAUCGGUGAGACAGCCUCAACAUCAGCACUUUGGUCUAUCGUCGUGA